CAGACGUUAGUCAGUGGAUAUCUCAGUGCUUGCUUCUCUCUGAUAUGAUGAUCACUAGUUUACAGGGUUUAUUGUAAUUUUCCUUCAUUUCAUACUAAAACUGUGAGACUAAACUGAGACUUGUUUGAAUUUCAACAAGUUCCUGUGUGUGAACAUGGUGACAGUUGGCAUGUUGCUGAUUGUCCUCUUUGUUCCAGCUGCUUUGGCUGAUUGUCCUAAUAAAGACCCAGCACUCUUCAUAACUGCACCAAAGCAGCUGGAAGCACUGAGUGGAUCUUGUUUGCAAAUCCCAUGUAGCUUCAGACCCAAAGAAGAACAGAAAUUUGACAGCACAAGAAAAACAUUUGGAGUGUGGAUUAAAAAUGAUUCCAAAUUUGACAAGAAUCCAAACAAUGUGAUCUUCAACAGUAGUGGAGCAGUUAGCAACUAUCCAAUGAGUAUUACUGGGAACCUGAGUCAGAGAGACUGCACCACUCUGUUUUCUAAUUUAACCACCACAUACACAGACACAUACUUCUUCAGAGUAGAGAGAGAAACAUUCAAGGCGACAGCACAAUGUGAUCCUCUUCAAAUAACAGUCAGAGAUUCUCCUUGGAGGCCCAGUAUUACAGUCCCAGGUGAUCUGAAGGAGAAGGAGUCUGUCACUAUAACCUGCUCAGCUCUCACUCCCUGUCCACACUCCCCUCCUCAACUCACCUGGAAUCUCCAACAAGACUCUCACAACAAAAUAGAGGAAAACACAGAUGUAAGGUUUACAACUAAAAUCCAGCAGACCAUCACUCUGUCAGACACACAUGAUGGAAAGAAGAUCAGCUGCUCUGCCAGAUAUCCUGUGAACCAAGGAAAAGACACCAAGACAGCAGAGACAGAAGAGACUCUCAGUGUUUCAUAUGCUCCUAAAGACACCUCAGCAUCCAUCAGUCCAUCAGGUUUGGUGUCAGCAGGCAGCUGGGUGAACCUGACCUGCUCCAGCAGAGCCAAACCUCCAGUCAGCAGCUUCACCUGGUUCAAGAAGAGCAGAGAUGGAGCUGUGAAAGUAUCUGAAGGAGAGAUUUACAGCUUCAAUGUAAAAGAUGGAGGAGUUUAUUACUGUGUGGCCACUAAUGAUCUGGGUAAUCAGACAUCAGGAGUGAUUCAUGUGACUGAAGGUGGAAACCUGGUUGGUGUCUACACUAUAGUGAAGACUGUGGGAAUCAUAAUGCUCGUGAGCACACUGAUGGUUUUUGUGUGCUGGUUCAGAUCAAGACGCUCCAACAAUCCAGAGACUGAAAGCUGUCAGAUGAGCAGAGUCACAUCACAACACAUCAACUAAAGUUUCUGCAGGAGGACAAACUCCACCUCAAAAUAUCUCUAAAUUCACUGCAGUGAUGUUCAACAGUUUUGCUUGGAGAGUAGAGAUGAUGUUGCAGGAAUGGAGACAUUUCCUUUGUGGACAAGUUCAUGCGCUCCUCAACUGGACUGAACUUUUUAAAUAGGACCUGCUUCACUCUAAGGUCAAGCAUUUUAUCCAUGAACACUGAUCUAACCCUACACUUAUGUAAGACUGCUGCAGCAUGAUGCUUGGACAAUCCUGGCAGUUUCCAUUUUCUUACAGUUUCAGCUGUUUUCCUAACAUUAGUAUUAGAUUCAGAAUCAGACUCAUCGUUAUUUGGCCAAGUUUGUGCACACAAACAAGGAACAAGUUACACAAAGUCUUAAGAAACUAUACAAAGUAUUGGUGCCAAACUGAGUGGUGUAAUAUGCAUAUGUGUUAUGAGCUGAAUGAUGUAAGAGUGGGUCAUUUCACAGUGUUCAUCAGAGUGACAGCCUGGGGGAGGAAACUGUCUCUGUGGUUUUUGUAAACAGUGGUCUGUAGCACCUGCCUGAAGGCUGCACUUUGAACAGUUAUUUCUGGGAUGUGAGGCGUCUGCAGUGAUGUUUCCACCUGUUUCUUUAUCCUGGACUUGUACAGGUCCUGGAUGGAGGGAAGAUCCUCUCUGCAGACCCGACUGUCCGUUGAAGUCUGGCCCCUAAACAGCUUUUCCACUGAUAACUACUGCCCCCUUGUGGAACUUUGCCAAAACAAUUACAAAUAUUUGAAUGCCCCGAGGUGCUCAGGCUGUGGUGGGGGAAUAUCAGUGAUUUACAAGUGCAACUUAAGUUGUCAUCCAUUUACUCUGAGCUCAUAUCAUCCCUUCAAAUUUAAGUAUGAAAAUCCAUUUUGGUGUAUUAUUAUCCACCAACCUCCUAAAUCCUGUAAUGACUUCCUGAAUUAAUUCUCUCAUCUGUUUUCAUGUAUUGUCAAAUUUGACCAAUUCCCUUUUGUUGGUAAUUGUGAUUUAAACAUUGAUGAUAGUGCAGGAUGGUAAUGGUCCCACACAUAACAGCGAGCACCCCUGGAUCCGUUUUUUACUCCCAUCUUAUCCAUAAUCUCCCUGCAUAUGUUGUCACGGUCCUGGGCCAUUGACCCAGUGUUUAGUGUUCUCUGUGCCUCCCUUCUGUUUGGUCUCUGUGUUUCUUAGUUGCUCUGUCUCCCCUGUCAGCUGUAUUCCCUAGUCAAGUCCGCAUCUCAGUGUUACAUUUCCUGUUUUACUUUGAAAGUCUGUGUUUUUGGUGAAUGUAUUGAGUUUUGCUUCCCUUUGGUCUUGUCAUGUCUGAUUUCUCCCAGCUGUGCUCUCCUUCUGUGUCUCAUUCCCUUCGUUAUUUCCCAGUGUAUUUAAGCCCCGUGUUUCUUUGCCUCAUGCUGUGUGUUUCCUUGUGUGCCUCUUGGUGAAGUUUAGUUUUUAUUUCCAGUUUACGUUAGUCCUGUAUGAUUUCUGUGUGUCAGCAAUAAAGCUGCAUUUUGAGUUAU